AGCACUCACCAUUCAUUACCCUGGCUGUUGUCCGAGCGCAAGCCACCAACUGAGUCCAAUCAGGAACCGGUCUGCACCGGCAAGGACGACGGGAGUGUAAUGGAUGGGAGCAGAGGAUGCUUUUAUCCCAGACUCACCCCGCCACUCGGGUCCUUUCACCCAGCGAAAUGGUCUGUCCUCGACUCGGACCCGAGUUCGUCGACUAUUUCGACACGAUCAGCCAUGGAAGACCUCUUUCGUGUCUUGUCUAGCCGCCAAGAGGAUGACAGCCCAUCGAUAUCGGACUUCAACACGGCCCAACAGAGGGCGUUCGGGGUCAAUGGGUCAUUGAUCAUCGUCAUAGUCUUCGUCAUGGGCGUCAGGUUAUACACGAGGUUCUCCAUUACGAAGUCAAUUGGAGCUGACGACUUUAUGAUGAUUGCCGGAACCAUCGCCACAAUCCUGCAGUCUGUUUGUGUCAUGAAUUCCGUGAGACACGGCCUAGGGAGAAUCAGAGCCGAAAUACCGUCGAAUGAGUGGGAGCCAAUGUUGCUGUCGCUCUAUAUCUCCCGAUUGUUCUUCGCCGUCGGCAACGUGCUCGUUAAAGUCGGUCUUUUAUUAUUUUAUCUGCGCCUCGAUAACCGACCAAAGAUGCGAUGGACGGUGUAUGGACUCAUGGCGGCAGUGAUCGGCUUGGGAAUAUGUCACUUCGUCAUGUCCGCCAUCGAAUGUAACCCUGCCGAGGUAUUCUGGACAUCUAAGGGGAGUCACGAAAUCUAUGCGAAAUACUGCAUGCCGGCUGCGGUGCAGCAGGCAUUCUGGGACGCCGCCGGUGUGAUUGUCAUUGUUACAGACAUUUGUCUUUGGAUCUGUCCGAUUCCCAUGAUUUGGGGCUUGCAACUACCGCAGCGGCAAAAGUGGGCGGUAUCGGCAGUAUUUGCGCUGGGAGUGGUUUGCGUUGCAGCUGGCUGCGUGCGCUUCUACUAUGUCCGACAACUGGCAAACGAACCCGAGAUAUACCGACAAUUCGCCAGCUCGCUUAUCUGGUACGCCGUGGAGCUCUACGUCGCCAUCUUCUGCGGUUGCUCCUCUGCACUCAAGACGUUCUUCAAGACGUUCUUUCCCGCACUGUUGGGCUUCUCUUCAUGCAAAACAAAGUAUCCUCUGGGGAGCAAUGGCAAGGAAGGACAGGGAGAUGGAACGCGAUCUUCGCAUCCUCUACAGAGUCUGCCGAGCCGACAUACCGAAUAUAAUGCUACCGUCACAUCAGGCGGGAGAGGGAGGGGAGACGAGACGAGUAUGGAGAAUGUAUCGAGAACCGACAGUGAAGAGGCUAUCAUACACGGGAUUUCAGAAGGCUGGGAUACUCCCAAGGGGGCGGAAGUGCAACAGAAGAUUCGUAGAGCUUCCACUGAUUUGAACAUGAAGUAA